AUGGUCCACUCCGUUUUGCCGACCUUAGCAUGCUAUGACCCGGGCAUGACGACCCCCCGGUUGGCCCCCUGGUUGGCUAAAAAUCCGCGCGCCACGCGCCCCCUCGAAUUCGGUCGCGAACAGCAGUUCGUGAUCAAUCCCAACGGCAUCCCCGAGCUCUGCGAGGAGCUGAAGGCCUGCCCGGCGCACAAGCCGACGCCGCUGUACGAGCUGCCGGCCCUCGCGGCGCGGCUGGGCGUGGGCGAGAUCCGGGUCAAGGACGAGAGCCAGCGCUUCGGCUUCGGCGCCUUCAAGGCGCUCGGCGGCGUGAUCGCCGUCGCCAACGUGCUGAGCAGCGCGGUCGGCGACGCCUGUCAUUCCACGCCCACCUUCGAGAGCGUGAUGAAAGGCGAGCAUCGUGAAAUCACGGGCAAAUUCGUCUUCACCGCCGCCAGUUCGGGCAACCACGGCCGGUCCGUGGCGGCCGGCGCCAAACUGUUUGGCAAUCGCUGCGUGAUCUUCCUGCCGAAGUUCACCAGCGCGGAGAAGGAAGCCGCGAUCCGCGCGAGGGGCGCCGAGGUGAUCCGGGUCGACGGCGACUACGACACCGCCGUCGCCGAAUGCCGCAACCGGGCCACCGUCAACGGCUGGACGAUCAUCUCCGACACGUCCUGGGAAGGCUACGAUUCGGUGCCGCGCAGCGUCAUGCACGGCUACUGCGUGCUGGCCCACGAGGCAGCCGUCCAGCAAGUGGGCCGCGGCGCCCACCCAUGUCUUCGUGCAGGCCGGCGUCGGCGGGCUGGCCGCCGCAGUGAUCGGCUAUCUCUGGGCGGUCUGCGACGAACGCCCGGUCUCGAUCGUGGUCGAGCCCGAGAGCGCCGGAUUGCUGGUUCCAGAGCAAUCUUGCGGGCAAGCCGACGCUGGCCAGCGGCAAUGCCGACACGGUGA